CACAUAUUUCCCCUCUCCCUCGCUUCUCAUACCAUUGUUCCUUCACCCAUUUUUGCACAGCCAAACUUCGCCGUCUUCCUUACUCCACCGGCCACACUCUCUCGCCGGCAUCUCCACCAUCCUCUUCCUAAGUCACGGUACACUCAGCCUUUACUCAACGAAGCAGUGCAUCUUUCUCACCCUCAACUGGAAACGACUCAACAGCAGCCGUAGCCGACGGCAACGUCAACGGAAGCAAGUACAGCCAGACGACGACUAACAUCUUCUAGCGAAGGUGUUUUAUCGACUUAAUAUGGACGAGAAUAAUGAUUCAAGUAACAAUGAUAGAAUCCAAAAAGAAGCACCUCAACUGGUUUCUGUGUUGAAAGAGAUGAAAAAUGGGUUAGAUGCAGUUCGGAGCAAAGUCCAAGAUUUAGUUGCCAAGGUGAAGGCGGAUCAGUUUCCAACUGCAGAAGGGAUAAGUUAUCUUGAAACCAAACAUUUGCUACUUCUAAACUAUUGUCAGUCACUAGUAUACUACUUGCUUUGCAAGGCUAAAGGGUUCUCGAUUGAGGGGCAUCCUGUCGUUCGAAGUCUCGUCGAGAUUAGAUUAUUUUUGGAAAAGAUACGACCAAUUGACAAAAAGCUCCAAUACCAAAUCCAGAAGCUUACAAAGGUUGCUGCAGGUGGAACAGAUAAUGUAGGAUUGGAUGAGAAGGAAGCAGAUCAAUCUCAGAAAACAGAAGAUUUGUUGAGAUAUCGGCCUAACCCUGACAUGCUUGUUGGCAAAACAGAUGAAAUUUCACAGGAUGGUGUAUAUAAACCACCGAAAUUUGCUCCUACGUCCAUGGAAGAAGAUAAGAUGUCAAAGGAAGGAAGAAAUGCCUUAAGAAGGGAGAAAAACACUUUGCGUCAAGCUAGGGAGAGUACUUAUGUUAGAGAACUGAUGGAUAACUUGGAGGGUAAACCUGAAGAGAUUAGAGAAGUUAUUGGAACCGAAAGUGCAGAAAUGAACAGAUAUAAGGCAAAGUGGGAGGAACGUGCGCGACGUGAAGAAGAGCUCUUUACUCGUGCACCUCUUACAAAGGAGGAGAAGAAGAGGGAGAAACACUUGAAGAAGUCAAGAAAUGGGUUGCUUGGUUUGACAGACAGUUUCUAUGAUGAGGUUAAAAGUUUACCCAUGGAGAAGGACGAAAAUGGUCCAAUGGAAGAAAUGGAAAGUGGUCGCAGUGGAAUGAGAAGAUUUCAGAAGCGCAAGAGGAAGCAUUGAAGGAUGGACUUUUGGUACCGUACAACUCUCAACACAAUACUUUCCAAAUUGUUGUUUUGGUACCUAGACUAGAGGAAGCUUUAGCUGCUCUAGUCUGGGUUCUAUUUUUUUUUUGGGUCCAAUUGUUGUUUUAUUUAUGACAGUAGCUGUUUAGUUUAAACACUGUAACUGGCAUUUUUUGAGGUAUAAUACUAUACUAGUUGCCAUUCCUCAUUCUAAAUGAUAGAAAGCAAUCAAAGCAUAGGAAUUUUUGUCGUC